AUGUCCAACAGCAGCUCUGUCAGGCACUUCCUCCUGCUGGCAUUGGCAGACACGCGGCAGCUGCAGCUCCUGCACUUCUGCCUCUUGCUGGGCAUCUCCCUGGCUGCCCUCCUGGGCAACGGCCUCAUCAUCAGCGCCGUAGCCUGCGGCCACCACCUGCACACGCCCAUGUUCUUCUUCCUGCUCAACCUGGCCCUCAGUGACCUGGGCAUGAUCUGCACUACUGUCCCCAAGGCCAUGCACAAUUCCCUCUGGGACACCAGGAACAUCUCCUACAAUGGAUGUGCUGCUCAGGUCUUUCUGAUUUUCUUCUUCAUCACAGCACAGCUUUCCCUCCUGACUAUCAUGUUCUACGACCGCUACGUGUCCAUCUGCAAACCCCUGCACUACGGGACCCUCCUGGGCAGCAGAGCUUGUGCCCACAUGGCAGCAGCUGCCUGGACCAGUGUCUUUCUCCAUGCUCUGCUGCACACAUCCAAUACAUUUUCCCUGCCCCUGUGCCAUGGCAAUGCCCUGGGCCAGUUCUUCUGUGAAAUCCCCCCAUUCCUCAAGCUCUCCUGCUCUUACUCUUACCUCAGGGAACUUGGGCUCAUUGCUGUUAGUGCCUGUUUGGUAUUUGGCUGUUCUGUGUUCAUGAUUUUCUCCUAUGUGCAGAUCUUCAGGGCUGUGCUGAGGAUCCCCUCUGAGCAGGGAUGGCACAAAGCCUUUUCCACCUGCCUCCCUCACCUGGCAGUGGUCUCCCUGUUCCUCAGCACCUCAUUUUUUACCUACUUAAAGCCCCUGUCCAUAUCCUCCCCAUCCCUGGAUCUGGCCCUGUCAUUUCUGUACUCAGUGGCGCCUCCAGCCUUGAACCCCCUCAUCUACAGCCGGAGCAACCAGGAGCUCAAGGCUACGCAGGCAGGGAAGCCGGUGAAGCCGCGGGCGGGACCGUCUGGAGAGGUGGAGAUGGGAUCGCCCGGAGAGGCGACUGCGCCGGCGGGGCGGGUCUUGGAGGCGGCCACGGCGCUGGCAGGGGCAGAGGCAGCGCAGGUCUUGGAGGCAGCCACGGGGGCCCAGCAAGUGGGGGAGCCUCGGGGACCGGUAUCACCCCCAUCGCUGAGCGGGGCAGGGGUCCGAGAGGCCGACUGGGAAGGGGCCUGCCGGACUUCCAGCGCUGGCUUGAGCGGCGCGGCCCCCUCCCAUCCCCCCGGCGGGGGGAGAAGGACUGCUCCGGAGAAAGAGUAA